AUGUCAGAGCAGAUACGACAGAGGACCGCCGCCGCCGUUGGCGACGGUAGAGACGUCCCAGGCAACGUCCUCGAAGACUUCCAGAGCCGCAUCCACGCCGACCCCAACGACAAGUCCGAGGACCCUCCAGAGCGCGACCCAGCCCACACGGACACAGUGACCCUGACGUGGCACGAGAUCCCUGCAUGGCAAAAGGACAACGAGUACAUUCUCACCGGAUACAGGAGGACACAACAUAGUUUCCGAGGAUGCGCUAUCUCCGUUUUUGCAUAUGUCCACAACGAAACGGUAAAUAUUCACAGCCAUCUAUUCGGAGGGCUUCUCUUCUGCUGGCUCCUCGGCACCUAUCGUCAGACUUAUCUCUCCCAAUACGACACGACCACUUGGGUCGACGCCGCCGUAUUUGCAAUUUUUCUGGCAUCCGCGGUGUUAUGCCUCUUUGGCAGUGCUUCUUACCACACGUUCGGUGUCCAUUCUAGAGGCGUGGCUGAACGAUGUAAUUCACUGGACUAUGCAGGCAUUGUGGUCCUAAUCGUUGGAUCCUCCCUUCCUUGCAUCUACUAUAACUUCUUCUGUGAAUGGCAUUUCCAGAUCCUAUAUCUCUUGCUGAUAUCAAGCGCCGGGCUCGCCGCAGCAUACAUUGUACUCAACCCAGAAUAUCGCAAGCCGACCCAUCGCGGGGCGCGUACCAAGGUCUUCAUCGGCCUCGGAUUGUGCGGCAUCGUGCCGGUAACACAAGGCAUGGUCACGCAUGGGUUCAUGAAGUUAUGCCACGAGAUGGGCUUCGGCUGGCUCUUCGCUUCCGGUGUGCUCUAUAUUAAUGGCGCGCUGCUGUACGCGAACAGGGUUCCUGAGCGGUUUGCGCCCGGUCGCUUUGAUUACUUCUUCUCGUCGCAUCAAAUCUUCCAUGUCCACGUCGUGUUGGCUGCACUUGCCACCCAUCAGUGCAUCCUGACCGCGUUCGACUACCGGCAUGGCGUAAAACCCUUCUGCGCUGCAUAA